AUGGCUAACGGAUUCCUAUAUAUUUCCCUUAUAUUGUGCGCUCCUAACGGUAUGGUGGAAUUAAUUUCAGCUGGAAGCUCCAACAUAGAUGGCAAAUUUGACCUUUUGUGGGGCAAUGAUCGACCAAUUUCCGAUUUAGUUGCAACUGAAAUGGCCAAAGCACAGACACACGAAUCAACACUAACAAAUUGUGGCGCAAGCGCAAUGUGCAACGAAGGACUAACUACUUUGGAAGAGAAUUCGAUGCUUUUCAUGAGAAACUCUCUUCAUUUUAUGAAACAUAUUUAA